AGCACCACCCCGCCUGCAUUAAACUCCUACAUAGUCUUAGGAGGAUUCCCAAGUCUGCUCAACCUACUGGAAGAACAAGGAAACAAGACGUGGGCUUCUUCCAGCGAUACAAUAAUGAAGUUUGUUGCAGUGUCUGCUGUGUGCCUGUGGGGGGUGCUGUGCCUCUGUGCCAGUGUGAAGGCCAUUGGGACUUUAGAGCUGAUGCGAGAUGCAGCAGUGGGCUGGACUGGGGCCCUGCCCUGUGGGAAGUGGGACUGUGAGUGUGCUUUCAACAGCCAGCGGGGCUGCUGCUGUGUGGCCAAUGAGAUGAGUAUGCUGGAGGACCGCACCUUCAUGCGCAUGGUGGACAUGUGGGAGCAGCUCACCCGAUUGGACAACGACAUCAAGGAAGUCACAGGCAACAAUAAGAUUGCGUUCACCGCGGCGAUGAGAUCUAGAAGCGACUGCUUCGGGCCCUUCACUAGCAACGUGCCAAUCCGCUACUACGCCGUCUCACUCAACCAGGGUAACGGAUACAAUGACGCUCUGGGUACCUUCACCGCCCCCCGCGCCGGCCUCUACUCCUUCUCCUUCACGGCCUACUCCAACGUGGGCGUGGACGGCGAGCGUCUUUACCACAAGGUGCAGCUGAUAAAGAACAACGAGGUGGUGGCCUCUGUGUGGGAGGACAACCGGGAGGACACGGAGGACAGCGCCACCCAUUCGGUGCUGGUGUCUCUGCGCCAGAGUGACCAGGUGUACGUGGAGCUGCUCUCCGGCAGGAGUCUGUGUGGCAACUCCAAGGAGUACAACAGGUUCAGCGGAUACCUGGUCUACCCCUUCACACAGGAGUAGAGGACAGAGUUACACACACAUGAACACACUCAUGCACAAACAAACAUGAAAACACACGUACAUGCAUGAAUGCACACAAACAUAUACAUGCAUGCACAAAGACAUACUGAUAUGGCACUCACACACACAUAAUGUUCCAAGUGUGUGUAUUGUGUGUGUGUGUGUGUGUGUGUGUGUGUGUGUGUGUGUGUGUGUGUGUGUGUGUGUGUGUGUGUGUGUGUGUGUGUGUGUGUGUGUGUGAUAUUCCACGUACAGUUAAAUUCAGACAGUCUGCCUUUGAAGUAGUGUUGCUUUGAACAAAAUAAAAGCUGAUUUGUUACAUGAA